AUGCAAAACGAGGAGACAAGGGUUCUUUUAGGGAAACGUAGAGUUUUCAAACAACGACAUACAUUAUUUGAAAAAUAUUUUAAAACCCUAAAGGAAUCCUUUCAAGAUACUUCGCCUACCGAUCGUGAAAGGUUUAAGAUUGCUGAAUUAAAGUUACGUUUAGAAAAAUAUGAGAAAUUAAUACAAGAAUACGAGAUAGUUCAAACAGAGAUAGAGAUAAGUUCAGAUGAUUUAGAUACACAAACGUUGGAAAGAGAAACUUUUGAGAAAAAUUAUUUUAGUUUAUUAGUUGAGUGCAAGGAAUUCUUAAGCAUCUUUGACAAGGUAAUUCCAAAUUCUCAUAGCGAAUCGAGUAAUUCAAGUAACUUUGAUGUAGGCUCAAGUAACAAUAAUAAAAAUGAUUUCAAUGUAAAAUUACCAGAAAUAAAAUUACCGAAAUUUACAGGUUGUUACGAUAAUUGGUUAGAAUUUCGAGAUACAUUCGAUUCACUUAUCAAUGAAAAUUCAAGUAUAACAAACAUUCAAAAAUUUCACUACCUGAGGGCAGCAUUGGACGGCGGUGCCAUGCAAGUUAUUCGUUCUAUAGAAUUUUCGGCUGACAAUUACCAGAUAGCGUGGAAUUCUUUACUUCAAAGGUAUAAUAACAAUAGCGUUCUGGUAAACAAUCAUGUCAAAGCCAUAUUCGAAAUGCCCACAUUAUCUAAAGAGUCAGCAAGUGACUUAAGAAAAAUGUUAGAUAGCCUCUCUAAGCAUUUGUGCUCAUUAAAAAACUUAAAUCAACCGGUUGAGCACUGGGACACACUUCUUGUUUUUGUAUUAAGUCAUAAGUUAGACAAAUCAACACUUCGAGCAUGGGAGCAAGUUAAAGCAGCGACAACUCAGGGCAAUUCGGAUACGGUGACAUUAAAAACAUUCAAAGAUUUUUUACGUUCAAGAGCCGAUUUCUUAGAAACAGUUUUAAUGACCAAAGAGGUCAAGAUACAAUCUCAUUCAUAUCAAAUUUCAACAAAGUUCAAAACUGAAUGCAUUUUUUGCAAGGGUUCAAAUCAUUAUAUACAAAAUUGCAAUGAUUUUUUAAAGCUUUCAACUCAAGAUCGUCUUAAUCAGCUUAAGAAUCGAAAAUUAUGCUUAAAUUGUUUACGCGGUUUUCAUACGAUCAACAAUUGCCUAGCAGGACAUUGCAAAAAAUGUACUCAAAAGCAUAAUACAAUUCUUCAUAACGACUUUCAAGUAAAUUCAAGACCAGAGCGUCCAACAACUUCAUCAAAUAACGCAUUUUCUGCAACUUCAAGCAUUGCUUCGGAUAAUAUUCUAUUAUCUACAGCACUAGUUCAAAUUAAAAAUUCAAAGGGAUAUUUUCAAACAUGCAGAGUUUUAUUAGAUUCUGGGUCCCAAUCCAAUUUUAUUACAGAAGAUACAUGUAAGAGAUUAGGUCUAAAGACAUUUCCAGUAAGUAUUUCUGUUUCGGGUAUCGUUCAAACUCCUUUUCAAAUCAAACAGCGAUGCAAUAUUACUGUAGUGUCCAUGCAUAACUCAUUCAAAGCUGAUAUUUCAUGUUUACUUCUACCUACAAUUAAUAAAGGUUUACCAUUCCAGUCAUUCGACCUUUCAAAUUUAAAUAUUCCUUCCAAUUUGAGGUUAGCUGAUCCUGGUUUAUCGGUUUCUUCAAAGAUUGAUAUUCUAAUUGGUGCUGAAUGGUUCUACAAUUUAUUAUGCAUUGGUCAGUUCCGCUUAGGACCUAAUUUACCUACGUUACAAAAAACUGUUCUAGGAUGGGUAGUCUCUGGAAAAUUAUACAAUGAUCCUAUUGCUGCGCAAUCCAUGUGCAAUUUUAGUACAAGUUCAAACGACGAAAUCUAUUCUUUAUUGAAAAGGUUCUGGGAAGUCGAAGAAACUGUUCCACCUGGUUCAAAUGUGAAAUUCUCCUCAGAUGAACAGCUUUGCGAGGACAUAUUUUCUAAAACAACCGAGCGAAAAGACGACGGUAGAUUUAUUGUUCAUAUUCCCUUAAAAUGCGAUCCUAUUAUUCUAGGUGAUUCUCGUGAAAUUGCUACCAAAAGAUUCUAUUCUUUGGAGAAGAAAUUGAAUCGUGAACCAAAGUUAAAGGAAGAAUAUGCAGCAUUUAUGAACGAAUAUAUUCAACUUGGUCAUAUGCGAGAAAUAUCUAAAAUUGACGAACAUUCUAAUUCUGGUUUUCUGCCACAUCAUGCAGUUGUUAACGAAAAUAAUCAAACUACUAAGCUUAGGGUUGUGUUCGAUGGCUCGGCACAAACUGAUAAUGGAAUUUCUUUUAAUAGUUUGCAGCUAGUUGGUCCUACCAUUCAGGAUAAUCUUUUUUCCAUUUUAUUAAGAUUCCGACAGGGGCCUAUUGUCAUCUGUGCGGAUAUUGUUAAAAUGUAUCGGCAGAUAGAGAUUCAUAGAUCACAAAAACAUCUCCAAAAUAUUCUAUGGCGUUUCGAUUCUUCAGAGGAAUUAAAAACUUUCGAAUUACAAACAGUAACUUACGGUACUGCAUCAGCUCCUUGGUUAGCUACAAGAUGUUUAAAGCAAUUGACCAUAGAUUAUUCCAAAAUAUUCCCACAAUCAUCUCAUUUCGUGGCAUCCAAUUUCUAUAUGGAUGAUUUGUUGAUAAGUUGCAAUUCAGAAAGUGAGGCGUUAACAAUAUGUGACGAAAUUUCAAAAAUACUUUCUUCAGGCUGUUUUCAACUUCAAAAAUGGGCAACUAAUAGUACCAAAAUUCUUCAGCACAUUCAAAAUCCUUCUACUAUUCUUAAAAUUGGCAAGGAUCAACGAACCAAGAUUCUAGGUUUGUAUUGGUCUUAUGAAGACGAUCAGCUAAUGUACACUAUUGCUGAUUUUAUCAGUUUAAAUAAGUUUACCAAGCGUACUAUAAUGUCUGAUAUAGCUCAGAUUUUUGAUCCCUUGGGACUCUUGGGCCCAUGUAUCAUUUUAGGAAAAAUUCUUCUUCAAUCACUUUGGUCCUUAAAGCUUGACUGGGAUGAGUCUCUUCCAGCUACUAUAGACAAUCAAUGGCGGCAAUUACGGCAAGAACUACCAGUACUUAACAUUUUAAAAAUACCCAGAUUUGUUUCAAAUACGUCAAUCGUUAAGUUGGAGUUACACGGGUUUGCCGAUGCCUCUUUACAAGCAUAUGGCGCAUGUCUAUACAUUCGUAGUAUAUCUUCCAGCGGAGAGAUUCAGGUAAAGCUUUUGACAGCUAAAAGUAGGGUUAGUCCUCUAAAAUCGUUAACAAUUCCAAGAUUAGAACUGUGCGGUGCUCUCUUGUUAGCACAGCUAGUUGAUCGAGUGAAAAAUUCAAUGACUUUUACUUUUGAUGAUAUAUUUCUUUGGUGCGAUUCCACUGUCUCUCUUGCCUGGAUUCGUACUUCUCCAAGUACUUUGCAAGUUUUUGUUCAAACCAGAGUCGCUCAAAUACAAAGGUUAACACAACCUAACCAAUGGCAUCAUGUUCGAACCGCCGACAAUCCUGCAGACUUUCUUUCCCGAGGUAUUUUGCCUAGGGCUCUUUUGGAUUGUACUAUGUGGUGGAAUGGCCCACAAUGGCUUAGCCAACCUAAAGAUCAAUGGCCCUAUUCUGCAGCUACUUUUGAAGGAGAACUCCCAGAAGCAAAGGAUUUAUCUGAUACUCUUAGAUACCUUAUUACGAUAUCUCAAAAGGAUGAUUUUGCAGAAGAAAUUCAAACGUUGCAAAGGAGUCAUGCGUUGCCAAGGCAAUCUAAGCUUCUUUCUUUAAAUCCUUUUCUAGACGAUGAGGGUAUUUUACGUGUUGGUGGACGUCUUAGUCAAUCAAAUUUUAGUUUUGAUGUCAAACAUCCAAUACUUCUUUCGUCCAAGCACCAUCUUACAAAAUUGCUUUUUAGACACGAGCAUCUAAGAUUAUUCCAUGCUGGACAACAACAACUGCUUUAUUCAAUUCGUCAACGUUAUUGGCCACUGGCUGGUCGCAAUUUGGCUAAACAAAUUGUUCAUUCCUGCAUAAAAUGCUACCGCUGCAAACCACUGCAACCUUCUCCAAUCAUGGGUAAUCUUCCAAAAGCGCGUGUUACUCCUGCUCCACCCUUUUAUAAUACUGGCAUAGACUACGCAGGUCCAGUAUAUUUGAGUUCAAAAAAGGGAAGAGGAGCCAAGGUUUCUAAAGCGUAUAUUGCGCUAUUUGUGUGCUUUGUGACCAAGGCCACUCAUUUAGAAUUGGUGAGUGACUUAUCAAAGGAUGCCUUCAUUGCUGCCUUCCGGAGGUUUGUAGCACGCCGUGGUAAGCCAAGUAAUGUUUAUUCCGACAACGGAACAAAUUUUGUAGGAGCCAAUUCAGAGUUACGAGAAUUAUCUCAAUUUUUAAAAUCGCAAGAACAUUCUUUACAAGAUAGUAUAUCUAAUAUUGGCGUAAAUUGGCACUUCAUACCCGCAUUCUCACCUCACUUCGGAGGAAUUUGGGAAGCCGGUGUUAAGUCGGCUAAAAGACACUUGACUCGAAUAAUCGGUAGCGUAAAACUUACUUUUGAAGAGUAUUGCACUAUAUUGGCAGAGGUUGAAGCAAUCCUAAACUCUCGUCCAAUCACUCCCAUGUCCUCAGACCCCAAUGACCUAUCCGCUUUAACCCCUUCUCAUUUCCUUAUCGGACAACCGGCAACAUCACUUCCCGAUCCAGACCUUAGAGACAUUUCAACGUCACGCCUUUCAAGAUACCAGCUGAUGCAGCAGUGCCAACAACAUUUUUGGUCCCGCUGGACUCGUGAGUUUCUUAGCGAGCUUCAGUUACGCACCAAAUGGAAAACUCAGCAAGCAGCACUUCAAGUUGGGUCUCUUGUUGUUCUCAGAGAUGACCACUCUCAUCCACUUCAAUGGAAACUCGGUAGAAUCGUCUUACUUCAUCCAGGAUCAGACGGCAUCGCUCGAGUAGCUACUAUCAAGACAUCAAGUGGAACUGUGAAACGGAGUUUUGCUAAGUUUUUGUAUUGCCGAUUGAGGUUGAAAGCUGACUCUUUCAAGGCCGGGGCAUGUUUAGUGGUCAUUCAGUGUUUUUUAUUGUUUUCUGUUUUCCUAUUUUUAUGUGUAAAGUUACCUUUAGUUAUUGUACGUGUGGGACGACCUUUAAGAUUGAGAGUCGUCUGUCAAAAAAAGGAUGAAAGAAGAUGGCGGAACAAUAAAGUAGUCAGUAAUACGUCCGCUGUUUUAAUACAAGUUUUUAAUUGCAAUAGUAAUACCUCUGAGUAA